UGGAGAGUUCCAUUCCAUCUUUGUACGAGAGAGAAAGGCAGAGUUAGAAAAAACAUAUAAAAAAACCUGUUUGUUCUUUCCUUUCUUCUCUCCAAAUUUCUACUUCUUCUUCUUUGAUCGACACCUAUCUAACCCUAAUCUCUCCGGGUUUUUUUUUCUGCCCUUAAGAAGACGUCGUUUCGAACCUCUUUAGUAUCGAUACUCAAACCUAUACACACACCAAACAUCCCAAGUUUGUUGGCUCUGUUUUUGAGCGGUGAAAACUCGUCGGAAAAACGAGUUUUUUUUUAAUUGGGUUUCUCUUUUUUUUUGUUGAUCUGGAAGGAGAAAAUUAGCGAUGGCGUCCAGUAAUAGCGAGAAGAUCAACGAGAAUCUGUACGCUGUUCUGGGUUUGAAGAAGGAAUGUUCUAAGACGGAGCUCCGUUCUGCUUAUAAGAAGCUUGCUCUCAGAUGGCAUCCAGAUCGUUGUUCGUCAAUGGAGUUUGUAGAAGAAGCAAAGAAGAAAUUUCAGGCAAUCCAAGAAGCCUACUCUGUUCUGUCUGACUCCAACAAGAGGUUCCUGUAUGAUGUUGGUGCUUAUAAUACUGAUGAUGAUGAUGACCAAAACGGAAUGGGAGAUUUCUUGAACGAAAUGGCGACUAUGAUGAAUCAAUCCAAGCCUAGUGAUAAUAACACAGGGGACAGUUUUGAACAACUACAAGAUCUGUUUAAUGAGAUGUUUCAAGGAGACGCUGCAGCAUUCCCAUCAUCAUCGUCCUGCUCCACUUCAAAUUUCACUUCAUCUCGUAGUUUUGUAUUCGAUACAAAUUCUCAGCGGUCAUCUUCGUUUGCGACAAGUUCGAUGGGGAUGAAUAAUGAUCCUUUCGGAUAUGACCCGAGAGCUCAUUCCUUCUCUUUAGGGGUGGACCAUCAGCAAGAGUUCAAGAAAGGGAAAAACAAUGGCGGAAGAAGAAACAGGAGAAAGAACAAUGUUCCAUCGGCUGGUCACGAAACGUCGUCGUCAAACAACUAUGGAGUCCCCACCUCAUAGCCACUUCACACCAUAUUUUUUUGCUAACUCAUCUCCCCACAUUUGUCGACUAGUCGCAGACAAGAUGAGUGGUUGUUGUCUUCUCAAUGAGGAAUACAUCGAAACUCAAAGGGUCGUCGUUUUGUAAAACUACCCACCUCCUUCUCUAGAAUCUUCUUAUUUUUAUUUUUGUUUCUCCUGUGCUGUCAUUGAAUUGUUGUCUCCUAAAAGCAAGAAUCGUUAAAGAUCAUUGAGAUCGAUGAAAUCAAUUGCUUUAUGUUGAUCAAACACAGUUCCUUCUAUAUUCUUAUUAGUUAUUGAUUGUCUC